AUGAUAAAAUUUAGAUUUUGUAAAUUUGCUUAAAUCAAUAACAUUACAUCAAUAAAAAGUAGAAUAGGAGGUAGUUCAAAAACUCCAGAGUAUGAUUUAUAUCGCUCAUAUUAUAAUAAAACAAUAGAAGAUGUAAAGGAAUAACCUGGAGUGACAAUUGUAAGAAAUGUAAAUGAAGCUAAAAGAGUUAUAGAAAUAUUAAAAAAAUACAAAAAAUAACCUCAUGCUUGGGAUACAGAAACAAUAGACAUAGAUGUCAAAAGUGAGAAUCCAAUAAAUAGAGGUAAAUUGAUUUGUGCAAGUGCAUUUGCCGGUCCUGAAGUAAAUUUUGGAAAUGGCCCAAGAUUAUUCAUUGAUAAUUUUGCUUAAAAUAGUGAUAUAAUAAUGUUGUUUAAGGAUUAUUUUGAGGAUGAAAAGAUAUUAAAAAUAUGGCAUAAUUAUGGUUUUGAUAGACACAUAUUUGGCAAUCAUGGUAUAAAUGUUUAAGGAUUUUUUGGAGAUACUAUGCAUAUGGCUAGAUUAUUGGAUCCAUCAAAAUAACCACAAGAAUAUAGUUUAGCAAAGUUAUCAAUAGCUUACGAAGAAGAAAUAAAAUUAGUAAAAACUAAAAGAUUAGAAUGUUUAUUAUAAAAACCAAAUCUAACUGAAGAAGAGAAAUAAAGUCUCUAAAUAUUUAAGGAUCAUUUACUUGAUAUAAAUCUGAAGACAAGUAUGAAGUAAAUUUUUGGAUAAAAUAAAGAAUUAAAAAAUGGCUAAGUUAGCAAAUUAAAAGUAUAUCCAAAGAUUUUAUAAAUGCAUUGCUUACCUUAAUAUAUAAAUUAAUGGAUUGAAUAUUCUACUUUAGAUUCAGAAAUAACAUAUUUUUUAUGUCUUACUUUAAAAUAUUUGUUGAAUAAAACAAAAAUCUUUUAUAAUUCAAAACCAACAGAUUCUGAUUAUAAUACUAAAAAAAAUGAGUUUGGUAUAAAUUGCUUAGGUGAUAUCUAUAGUAAAUAUUGGAAUUCUUUAGGUGAAAUAUUGACAGAAUUAGAAAGAGAAGGAAUGUAAGUAGACCUUGAUCAUGUGAAUAAUAUUAAAAUCUAAGCUGAAUAAGAUAUGAAACAAUACGAAUAAAAUUUCAUUAAAUGGGUAUAAACUACUUAAGAAGGAGAUGUCUCAUAAUUUAAUUGUAGUAGUACCUAAUAAUUAUAAUAAUUAUUCUUUGCUCCUUGUAAAAAGUAGUAAGUUAAGAAAACCAGUUAGACAAUAAAAGAAGAAGAAGAGGAAGAUGAAUAUCUUUCAGAUGGAAGAAAAAAAUCAAUUCGCAAAGAAGUUGAAGAAUUACCAGACAUAAAGGGAUUUUAAAUUGAUAAUAUACAUCAAAUUGUUAAGGAAAAUUAGAGAUCUCCUUUAAAAUAUACUGAAAUGUAUAUUAAAGGUUUAGGAAUAGCCCCUUUAAGUUACACUCCUAGUGGAAUGCCAUAAGCAGAUUAUAAUGCUUUAAAAUAAUUAGCUGGUGAUGUAGAAAAGUAAUAAUACGGAUUAAUUUAUUAACACUUUGCAAGUAAAGGAGAUCCUUAAAAGGGGAUUGAUGCAUGUGUUGCAAUUAAUGAUUUGUUAGAACUAAAAAGCAUAGAAGUUUUAUUACACACUUUUAUUAUUCCAUUAAUUGAACUAACAGAUACUAGUGGUCGAGUUCAUACUAGUAUUAAUAUUAAUACAGAAACUGGUAGAUUAAGUUCAAGAAAUCCAAAUUUAUUGAAUUAGCCUGCAUUAGAGAAAGAUAGAUAUAAAAUAAGAAAAUCUUUUGUUGCAAAAUAAGGAUGUAAAUUAAUAGUCGCUGAUUAUGGUUAAUUAGAAUUGAGAGUAUUAGCACAUAUGACGAAAUGUAAAGCUAUGAUUGAUGCAUUUUUGAAGGGUGGAGAUUUUCACUCUAGAACUGUUAUUGUAAUUAUAUUAAUAAUAACCAUUUAAGACUAUGUUUCCUAGUAUCUAAUAAGAAAUUGAAAAAGGAGAAUUAUUAAUUGAAUGGGAUAAAUCAAAAGGAAAAGCACCAGCUCCAUUAGUAAAGGAUAAAUAUGCUGCUGAAAGAAGAAAAGCAAAAGUGUUGAAUUUUUCAAUUGCAUAUGGUAAAACAGCAACAGGAUUUGCAAAAGAUUGGCAAUGUGAUAUUAAGGAAGCUCAAAAAACAAUAGAUGCAUGGUUUGCUUAGAGAAAAGAAGUGGUAUUAAAUUUAUAUAUUUUAGGAAUAAUGGUAAUAUAAUGUUAGAAUGAUUGCAAAAAGCUAAUUUUUCACACAAACUCUUUUAGGACGAUAUAGAUAUUUGGAAAAAUAUUUUGAAUAGUAAACUAGGUCAUAUAUUAAUCAUGGAUUAAGAGCUGCAAUAAAUACUCCUAUUUAAGGAGGAGCAGCUGAUAUUGUUAUAGCAGCAAUGGUUAAAAUAUAUAAAAAUUAGACAUUGAAGGAUUUAGGUUAUAAAUUACUUUUAUAAGUUCACGAUGAAUUAAUUUUAGUAUCUAAUUUAUUUAAAUAUAUGAUAGGAAGGUCCUGAAGAAAAUGCUUAAGCAGCUUUAAAGAUUGUUAAAGAACUGAUGGAAAAUCCUUUUGAAAUUUAAUUAGAAUUACCUUUAGAAGUUGAUGCUAAAAUUGGAAAUAAUUGGUAUGAAUGUAAAUGA